AGUGCGGUGAUGUGUUAAAAAAUGAUCUUGUUGGAAAGAAAAUGUCUCUAAAGGAAGGUACUACGAAACUUCAUAAAUUAAACUCCGACCUGAUGUUUGAAAGUGAUUGGUUUGGUUACUGCGAUGAAGCUUACGAUCUUACGGACGACAAACUUAUAAUAUUUGAGAACGAAACUUUUGGUAUUCAGUCCCAAAAUUGGACCAUAAGCAAAGAUGCUUUCUGUCUCUAUGCCAAUCAGUUUUCGUCAGAUUUUCCAAAACAGAUAUUUCUUGUUUUACACAAGCCAUGCGAGUAUCAAAAUGGGCAAAAGGUUGACCUAGAGCAAAAUGUUGUAGCGAUUUCGCUGAUAUGCAACGCACUAACCAUCGCAGUAUAUAUCUUCGUAUAUAAGAAACGGAAUAUAAUCAAUAAAUGCUUUAUGUGUUACAUAGCGUGCAUGUCCUUACACCACCUUUUGUGGCUCUUGACAAGAUAUGGAAAUUUAGUGAAAGAGUCUUGCACUUCAGCAGGUUACGCUCGAUACUUCUUCGCCAGUGCCUGUAUUCUCUGGCUCUUUGUUAUCAGCCAUAAAAUACGGGUUGGUUUGCUGUCGAUCAAUAAGAAUGAACAUCGUAACCUAUUUGCUCUCUAUAACGCAAUUGUCUGGGGUAUAUCGGGAAUGGCGACCACAGUCAUAUUUCUUAUAGAUCACUUUUGGGGAGCAGAUCUUUCUUCAUAUAAAUGGACCCCUGCUAUCGGGUUCUUUCAGUGCUGGUUUAAUCCUAAUGACUGGUCUAUACUCAUAUAUUACAUUGGACCGAUACUGAUUCUAAACGUCGUCAACUGGUUUAUGUUUGUCCUGACCGCCACUCAAAUAUUUAAAGUGCAUCGAAAUGUGAAAAAGUGGAUAAUUUCCAACCCCAAGUCGGACAGAAACACGUAG